AUGGUUAGAUUAUUUAGAAGUGGAUCAAACCCAAAAGAAAUUGAUAUAUCACAACCAAAUUCAUUAGUACAUAAAGUUCAUGUUGAUUUAGAUUUAAAUUGGAGUUCAGGAGGUGAAACAUCAUUUGAAAUUCAAGAGAAAUUAGGAGAAGGAUCAUUUGGAUCAGUUUAUAGAGCAAUUCAUAAAUCAUCAAAUACAUCGAUUGCAAUUAAAGAAUUUGAAAUUUUCGAAGCAAAUGAUGUUGAACCAAUUAGUAAAGAGAUUCAAAUUCUAAAGAAAUGUAAUAAUCCAUAUGUUGUUAGUUAUUUUGGAUCGAUAAUGUUAAAGAAUAAAUAUUGGAUCUUGAUGGAUUAUUGUUCACUUUCCUCUUUUAAUGAUAUUAUGCAAUCGAUUGGUAAAACUUUUAAAGAGAAAGAGAUCUCAUUGAUUCUUCAACAAUCAUUAUUGGGUUUGGUUUAUUUACAUUCUAAACAAAUCAUACAUCGUGAUAUUAAAUCGGCAAAUAUUCUAUUGGAUGAAACUGGUCAAGUGAAAAUCGCAGAUUUUGGCGUCUCUCAACAAAUCCAAUCCACUUUUUCCAAAGGUUCAAUCGCAGGUACGCCCUAUUGGAUGGCACCUGAAAUUCUAAAUCAAACCGAUUACAAUAAUAAAAUCGAUGUUUGGUCAUUAGGUAUAGUUGCCAUUGAAUUGGCCGAUGGUGAACCACCACUUUCCGAGGUUAAUCCAAUGAGAGCCAUGUAUAUGAUUGGUAGAAGACCUCCACCAACUUUUAAAGAUCCAAAGAAAUGGUCACCAGAGUUUGUAUCAUUCGUUGAUAAAUGUUUAACUAAAGAUAUCAAUGAAAGAUGGUCACCUUCUCAAUUAUUAGAUCAUCCUUUUAUUAAAAGUGCAAAACCAGAUGCAUUAAAAGAAUUAACUCAAAUGGCUAUAAAAUUAAAAUCAAAAAAAAGAAAAUCAAUUGGUCCUUCAGUUUCACCAAAACAACAACCAAAUGAUAAUAAUAAUAAUAAUAAUAAUAAUAAACCACAAUUUUUAAGUAAAUUAUUAAAUAAUAACUCAAAUAGUAGUAAUGAUAUUGGUGAAACUACUUCUGGUUCUGUAAUUUAUAAACCAAAUGUUUUCAGUGGUUCAAUUGAUACUGGUUCAGUCGUAAUUCAUAAUACAAUCACUAGUAAUAACAAUGACUCUGGUUCAGUAGUUUUAAAUUCAAAUACUGUAAUUAAUAGAUCAAAACCAUUACCACCACCACCUUCUUAUGAAUCUGUAAUUUUAAAUGAUAAAUUAAAACAACAACAACAACAACAACAACAAAGCAAUCAACAAACAACAACAACUACUACUAAACAAAAUACUAUUAAAAAUAAAUUCAAUACAAUUAGCAAUACUAUUAAAUGUAAUACUAUUUUAGUUCAAGAUAAAACUUUAGAAAUUAUUCAAAAGACGCCAAUGAAAAAUUUAGAUGAAAGAAAUCAAAAAAUCGUUUUAUAUUCAACACUUGGUUUAAUUUUAGUCUUAUCAGUCUUUUUUAAAUUCUUUAAAUAG